GAUAAGCCUUCGAUCAACGGUAAAAGCGUAACGGAAGCGUGCAGGAGCGACGAAAGCUUGGAGGGUACACGAAGUUGUGAGGAGCACGAACGAUGCGACCGGCUGUCGCUAUGUUUAAGAAACGCGGGCAGGAAAAAGUCGCAUCCUGUCUGGGGCUUUUUCAAAGACCUACGAAAUUCAGAAGGAAUGGGUGGCGUGUUCUGCGAGCACUGUGCCUGGGAAAGCGAUGAUCGUAGCCCGAACAAUUUGAAGGCGCAUCUGAAGCAGUGUCACCUGUCCGAUGGCGUGUACAAGCAGUUCUCCGACAAACUCGCAUCCAGAGGCACCGGUAUCUCCUGGAAAUCGCUGUCGCUGUGUGGUGUCUGGGCACUGGACGCUGUCUCGAAUGAUUCCUGUGAAAUUGCUUUCUGUUUGUGCUGUGCCUUUGGCGCUUAA